AUGGAAAAGAGCAUCUGCUAUCGGCAACGAAGGAGAAAAGAAGUCGUCUACGACGAUUGCGUACUCGAGGACUCCUUGUCUCAAGGUGACUGGCACAUCGAGGAAGACCCAGACGUGGACUACGAGAUGCUGCUGAGAGGAUUACGAGCUUGUGCUGAACGUGCCUCGAAGCUGCGCACGACAAACUUGGAUCGAAUUUCGAAGACCACCAAGGAAUUGUUGGAAAGAAGAAGGGCUUUGAGGCUUGAUCCGAAUGCAUCGCACAUUGAGCGGCAGAAGAAGAUUCUGGAAGCAGCACAAAGAAGAACGAGUCUAAAGAAGUGCCGCAGGGAUCUCCGCGAAUAUAAUAUUCCGCUAGCAACCUUGCUGAGCGAAGACCGGACUCGCACGUCUUCUCGUCGUGAGAUGGAAACAAUUACGGAGAGCUCUUCGGGAGUGCGAGUCGCUAUCAAGAGCAUGAAACCUGGCACAGCCCCCGGACCUGAUUUUAUAUCAGCAGACUUUCUUCGGGCUGGUGGCCAUUCGCUUCAUGUAAUCUUAGCAGCGCACAUGACAUCCUAUCUUCAGAAAGAAAGGAUCCCAGACCAGUGGAAGACCUCGCGAACCGUUCUUAUCCAUAAGAAAGGUGACCGAGAGGACCUUCGGAACUGCCGUCCGAUAUGCUUGCUGAGCGUGUUAUACAAAGUAUUCACCAAGAUCAUCCUCACGCGCAUAUCUAGGACGCUGAGUGAAGCCCAGCCUCAAGAACAAGCUGGAUUCCGCCAGGGGUUCAGCUGCUUGGACCACAUCCAGACCGUGUCGAGGGUCAUAGAGGUUUGCCGGGAAUACCGCCUGCCCCUUGUUCAAUGGAUAAUGAAAUCACUAUCCUGGGAAGAAAGGGGCAUACGUGUUGAUGGAAGAUUUCUUUCGAACCUUCGUUUCGCGGACGACAUCGUUCUCUUUUCGAGCAGUACCAAUGAAGCAGAAACGAUGCUCAACGAAUUGAACGAAGCAGGGAAGAGAGUAGGACUACGAAUAAACAGAAAGAAGACACAGUUCAUGAAGAGCACCUACUGCGAGGACGGAGGAGUACAACUUGAAGGCUCCCAAAUCGUGGAAACUCCGUCAUACGUAUACCUCGGACGUUCCAUGAACAUGGAAAACGACUUGAAGGAAGAACUGAAUAGAAGAAUGAGAGCAGCAUGGGCAGCAUUUGCAGCCGUCAGGGAAGCUACGGACCAACUGACGGACCAAGAUCUUCGUGCCCAUCUAUUCGACUCGACAGUCCUUCCAGCGCUCUGUUACGCAGCGGAGACGUGGGCAGACACCGCGGCCACGUUAAGGAAGCUACCUACUACCCACAGAUCCCUUGAGAGAUGUCUCUUGAAGUUUAACCGGCGCACACAACACCUUGCCGGUCUUCGUAGCUCCGACUUAAGAGGAAUGUCCUGUCUUCGCGACCCAGCGGAAUAA